UCCGGUAGUUAAGUCAUUACUAGGAAGUCAGACUCAGAAUACCUAGCAACUGCUGACAACGAGUGGUACAUGCGACACAGUGACCAGACGCUGGAGAAAUAGCAAUGGCCACAUCGAGUGAUCUCGAUACCCUGAUCCAGUUGGAAGAAGAUGAGGAGGAGGACUUUGAGCUGACACAACGUCGUAUAGAGGCUGAGAGAGCUGCUAGGGAGGAAGAAGCGUUCAAAAGGAACACCCUCCAUCUUGACAUCCCCCAACUUCCAGACGGAAAAACACACCAUCUUUUCAUUUCCCACAGCAACGACCCUCCAGAAGAAGAAGCAUGGGCAGAGGAACUGGUCAACACCAUGGAACGAGACUUCGGCUUGAAAUGUCUUUGGCCAAAACGAGACUUCACUCCUGGCCAUGAUGUGGGAGCUUUGAUUCAGACAGGAAUCAUGUCGUCCAUGAAGGUGGUCUUCGUUCUGUCCCCUGCUUCCAUGGAAAGCCGAUGGUGCGAAUAUGAGCGGAAUUUUGCUUUUGGCAUUUCUGUUGAAAGUAAGGAAAAUCUCAUCAUUCCUGUUAUGUUGAGCCAGUGCAACUUUCCAGGCAUACUGAAGACACUGAAUUAUAUUGAUGUACCUGCUGGAGAGGACUAUGCCUUCAAAAUCCGUCGAUGCUUUGACGAAGACACACGCACUUUUGAAUAUCUUGUUCCGGAAAUGAUGAAACACUGGAAAAACGAUAACGGGUCAAAGAAUGGAACUGUUGUGAAGAUAGUUGGAGAAAGAAAUGUGAAAUCCAUCUGUAGGGAACCAGCCUGGUCUUUUCGAGAUCUCGACAAGCACCAGCGCUACCAGCUUCGCCAACUUGGAAGCAAGAUGGAAAAGAGAUUGAGAGCUCGACUGCGAGCAUAUUCUAUUGAGCGUGUUUUUGAAACAAAUAUCCUCAUCGACUAUAAAUCAAGAAAAUGUCAACCAAACUUGGAUGUCACGUAUUACGACCUACAACCAUGUAUGAAAUACUUAUGUGACAUCAUUGACGGACCACGUGAGGCUGGUGAAACAGUCCCAGACAGAGGCGAAGAGGGAGGGACACGAAACACUGGAAAACGUUACAUACUUUCUCUCAUUGAAAGAAAUUAUGACUUUCUGUUUGGUGACAGUGUUGACACAUCUGUUGUGGACAGGCAUCCUACAGCACAUAAACAUAAGUGCAUUUGCGAAAUGUUGGAAAAACACGUGAGGCAAAUGAGUGAAGAACAAAUAUGACCCAUUUAUGUAAAGUGUCGAAGACAAGCGCACCUUGCUUGCAAUGAGAGCAAGUUCAGGAGAACCGGGUGGCAAGAUGACUGCAUGUCAGAGUGCACUGAUGGCGAGGAUCGUCGCCAAUGAUUUAGCAACUUGUAUAACUUGUAUGACGUCAUUUACAGGUAGUUUAGUUGAAAUUGGUCAACUGCAGCGUAACAAAAUUCAAAAUACUAAGUCUUUUAAUAGUUUUGU